CAGUUUUGGAACUGUCGUGCUGAUAUUCCCCAUGUUAGGAAGGGAAGAAGCCCGGGUACCGACUGGCCGCAGACACCCCGAGCAUUGUCAGGACUCUGAGCCGGUGACGGGGAGCUGCUGUCCACCCCCGGCCUUCCCCCCCAACCCAGCUUCAAGAUGCUGAGCCUGAAGCUGCCCCGGCUGUUGAGCAUCGACCAGAUGCCCCAGGUGUUCCAUGAGCAGGGCAUCCUCUUCGGCUACAGACACCCGCAGAGCUCCGCCACUGCCUGUAUCCUCAGCCUUUUCCAAAUGACCAAUGAGACUCUCAACAUCUGGACUCACUUGCUGCCCUUCUGGUUCUUCGUGUGGAGGUUUGUGACCGCCUUGUAUGUGACAGACAUCCAGAAUGACAGCUACUCCUGGCCUCUGUUCGUGUACAUGGGCACCAGCUGUGUGUACCCCCUCGCGUCCAGCUGUGCACACACCUUCAGCUCCAUGUCCAAGAACGCCCGGCACAUCUGCUACUUCCUGGACUACGGGGCCGUCAACCUCUUCAGCCUGGGCUCAGCCAUCGCAUACUCGGCCUAUUCGAUCCCGGACGUGAUGGUGUGCACCACAUUCCAUGACUACUACGUGCCCCUGGCCGUGCUGAACACCAUCGUCAGCACCGGCCUCUCCUGCUACUCCAGGUUUCUUGAAAUCCAGAAGCCCGCGCUCUGUAAGAUGCUUCGCGUCCUGGCCUUUGCUUAUCCCUACACCUGGGACUCCCUCCCCAUCUUCUACAGGCUGUUCCUGCUCCCCGGGGAGAGUGUGCAGAAUGAAGCCGUCCUGAACCACCAGAAGCACAUGGCCAUGACCCUCCUGGCCUCUUUCUUCUACUCCGCGCACCUGCCAGAGCGCCUGGCACCUGGACGCUUCGACUACAUCGGUCACAGUCACCAGCUGUUCCAUGUGUGUGUGAUCCUGGCCACUCACAUGCAGAUGGAAGCCAUACUUCUGGACAAGACUCUGAGGAAGGAAUGGCUCCUGGCCCACUCCAGGCCCCUGUCUUUCCCUCAGAUAACUGGAGCCAUCCUUCUGUGCCUCAUCUUCAGCCUCAGCAACAUAAUUUAUUUCUCAGCUGCUCUGUAUCGGAUUCCUGAGCCAGAAUUACAUAAAAAAGAAACAUGAUUCAGACCAUAUGCUUCUCGUGCCAGAUGUCAACCUUAAGCUACAACAUCCUAACCACCAUAAGCCAGCAGCAGGGUACCCGUUUCCAAAGGUCUAAAGUAUUCACAAUGGCUGAUGUCUUGGCAUUUUUGAGUGGGUUCAUGUCAAUAAGAUAUUGAACUGGGG